CCCUUGGCAUCGUAAACUCAGAAUGUAAAUUGACGUAAUGGCGUCGAAAUGUGGCGAAGAAGAAGAGGAAAGCAGAGUCGAUAAACUGUGCUCGAAGAGCAGAAAGUGCAGUAAAAGCAAUUAUCACUCUGGCAGGUGCGAUUCGAAGAGAGCGGUUGUGAACCCAUUUUGGAACCGUUCUCCGAUACAGGUGGGAAAUGCGAUCAAGAGGGAAGCUAGAGAUGCUGCUGAAGCUAUCACAAAUGAUUGUGAUCGGAAGAAAAUUCGUGUAGAGGAAAGGGAGGCUAGUGUUCAUGCGAGAGAAUCAGAACUAAUAGAGAAGGAGAGAAAGAUACAUGAAGUAGAAGAGCGAGCUAAUGCAACAAGACUUGAAUCAGAGGAAGUAGAAAGGCGGAAGGAGGCGAUUGAGGAGGAGCUUAGAGAGCUGGAGGGGAGGUUAGACAGUAUUGUGAAAGAGUAUGAGAAAGUUAAGACACUUUUGGAACAAAGGCAUCAUGCCAAGGCACGUAGAAAGAGUAGUGCAACUACAUUUGAAAUGGUUAACAACCCUAAAUCAAGCACACGAUAUAGACGGCGACAGGAAACUAGGAAUAUCCUAGAAUUUAUUCAUGGUGGGGAGCAGGGUGCAAUUUAUGGUGCUUGGGAUUUUAUUGCAUCAUGUGCAAAAAAAGAGAUCAUGGAAAAAUUAAUAACUUGUCAUAAAAGGGGUCGGUCUCUACAGGGUGUGUUUAGGAAGGCAAUGAAAGAGUAUGGAACCAGUGAAGAAGCCUUAAAGCAGGCUGUUUCUAUAAAGUAUCAAGCAUUUUUGUCUAGUAGAAAGUUUCAACUAAUCUGUAAAACCCAAAGUUCUGUGUUUAAUGCUGAAAAAGAUCUUUGGUUACCCAGGAAUGUCAAGUGUGCAGGUGUGAAUGUUGCUAUUCCUCGUGUAGCAUCAGAUGAGAAAGUAGACAAGUUUGUAAAGAGUUUAGAUAUAGAGCAUGAAUGUGAAAUUCCUAUUUACUCUAAGGUAUCUAGAACUGUCACUGGUUUAGUUUUCAUGACACUUGAUUUGCAUUUGCGUUUACCUUAUUUGAGGAACCAGCUCAUCUGGUUUAACGAAAAUACCAAUCAUUUUAUUGUACAGUUUUCUGAUGAUGGUGCCCCAGAAACUAGUGAUCCAAGUAUGUCUAUUGGGUCACUAACUGUUUGGAAUUUUGGGGAUCAUGUUAGGAGUAGGGAUUUUCAAUAUCUUUUGCAUUGCCUAAGUGUAUAUGAAAAAGACAGGGUAAUGGAAGACCCUUGGAAACAACACACAGAGGAGAUGUUAAUGCUAGAGGGUAAUGUGGUAACUAUUUGUGGUCAGCAGUGUACCUUGGAGUUUCAACCUAGUGCUGAUCAGUCUUGGCAAAGUUGGGGUAAUGAUACCUGGAAUCCACCCUCCAUGAAGAAGAGGAAAGCAGAUCUUCUAAAACUAAACCAGUGUAGAGAUUCACUAAGCAAGUCUCUUAGUCAAGCCAAGAAGGAUAAAAAAGAACUAUCUUUCAUGGCAGAGAAUGGAAUAAGAAAAGUUGUUUACCCCAGGAUUGGUGAGUUUGCAGAUCGUCAAAGACCAGAGCUAGUGCAAAAUGAGAUUAAUACUUGGCAGCAUCUGCUAAAUGUUAUCUACCGUGAAGCUUUACAGAGAGAUUUGAUUGAGGACUUUUUAGAGGUUCUGAGUUGA